AGCGCACCGCGCCGCCCGGGUGUCGCGGGUGCGCGCGCCCUAUCUAUCAUGCGCGCUCGCGACCCCUCGCCCUGGCGCGCGCGUGUGCGCGCGCUCGGCGCGGCGCUUUGCCUGCGGGAGUCGGAUGGAGUAGGAGGGAGCUCUGCGGUGGAGGGGAGAAGAGGCUUUCGGGCGGAAAAAAAAGAAGCGAUUCAGAUUGCAGCUGCGAUGAGAGCUGAUCAUGAUCAGUGCUGUGAACACGGGGAGUCCGGCGGUCCGACUCACAUUCUGGUCAAGCAGCUGAGAGAGAUCACAGGUAUCCAGGACCUAGCGAUGCUGACAGCAGCACUGAAGGCCAGCCAGGGAGACCUGAGUCAGGCCAUAGCACUGCUGACUGCCCAGGUGCCUGAGGAAGAGGCGGAGCCUGUGGCUGGUGAUGGACGAGCCUGGAGCUCACAGAGAAGAAUUGUUGAGAUAUCAUUAGAUGGGCCGAAAGAUGACCUCCAAACAGCCAUAGAACUCAGCUUGCAGGAAUCCCAGAAUGCCCAAGAAGAGGAAAGAGAACUUAACAGGGCCCUGGAGGCCAGCGUGGAGGAGAGCGCCGCAAAUGCCAAGAGGAAGCGCUGCGAGGCAUCGGGAGAGAGCGCCAACCCGGCCGACUGGAUCCGACAAGACGACUGGCCGGUGGGGGUGCGCAAUGUGGGCAACACCUGCUGGUUCAGCGCCGUCAUACAGUCUUUGUUCCACCUUCCGGUGUUCCGUAGGCUGGUGCUAAACUACAUCCUGUCCGAGAGAGUGCUGGAGAAGUGUAAAAGCUGUUCGGACAAAAGGAAUGUCGCCUUCAUGCAGGAAUUGCGGUGUCUCUUUGCCCUCAUGGUGGGCUCCAAGCGUCGCUUUGUGGACCCCUCAGCUGCAGUAGAGCUUCUGAAAGAUGCGUUCCGCACCAGCGAAGCCCAGCAGGAUGUCAGUGAGUUCACCCACAAGCUCCUGGACUGGCUUGAGGAUGCAUUUCAGCUAGCUGCACAUGGCAGUAAUCCCGAAGACAAGCAGGAGAAUCCAAUGGUCCAGCUGUUUUAUGGGACUUUUGUGGCAGAGAGAACCAUUGAAGGCAGCACAGUGUCGAACAUUGAGCAGUUUGGGCAGUACCCUUUGCAAGUGAAUGGAUUCAACAACCUGGACGAGUGUUUGGAAGGGGCCAUGGUGGAGGGCGAGAUCGAAUCUCUGCACUCAGAUCAAACCUUUCCCUGUGGUCGACAGAGAUGGUUCUCAAAAUUACCACCAGUGCUGACCUUUGAACUGUCUAGGUUUGAGUUCAACCAGUCUUUAGGUCGCCCAGAGAAGAUACACAAAAAACUGGAAUUUCCUCAAGUUAUGUACAUGGACAGGUACCUCCACAAGAACAUUGAGCAGAUGCAGGGCAGGAGAGAGGAGGUGAAGAAGCUGAAGAAUCAGCUGAUGGCCCUCCACCAGAAACUGGAAAGCUAUAAGAGCUAUGGCUCAGGUCCAACAAAGUACCCGUUGGCAGACAUGCUGGAGUACGUUCUGGAGUUUGCCACCACUACACCCACCAGCACAUCCCCUGUCAAAGAUGUGAGACACCAGUUGCAGACGUCUCCUGCUGACCCUUCAUCGCACAGAGACCCCUCCUCUGACAAGCCCAGUCUGUCAGGUCAAGAAGAUGCCGGGCCAUCAGAAAGUUUGACUUAUCAAGGCCCCGCAUCUCAAAGGUCCCCCGUACACAAGCCCUUCACCCAGUGCAGACCUGUGAUGGAUGCCCCCCAACACCCAUCUCCCCAUAGCAUCUCUGAAGAAGAACUGCUCUGUGUCAAAAGUUGCUUGCAACGCUGGAGGAUCGAGGUGGAGAACAGCAUCAAUGAGCUGAAGAGCAGCAUUGAAGGGAUCAGCCAGUCACUAGGGGGCAUGUACUCCGAUGGCUCCCUGUGCCAAGCUCCCUACCGGCUCCACGCUGUACUGGUGCACGAGGGCCAGGCGUCAGCUGGCCACUACUGGGCCUACGUGUACGACCACAGCCGCCAGUGCUGGCUGAAGUGUAAUGAUGUGUCAGUGACUGAGUCGUCCUGGGAGGAGCUGGUGCGGGACUCGUACGGUGGGAUGACCAACGCCAGCGCCUACUGCCUCAUGUACAUCGAUGACAGCCUGCCCCACCUGGUCGCAGAAGACACUGAUGUCGAGACUGGUCAGGUCUUGCAGGGGAUGGAUGCCCUGCCCCCCAUCUUGCGCCGCUAUGUUCAGGAGGACAACCGUUGGUUCAAGCAGGAGCUGCAGGAGUGGGAGGAACAGCUGUGCAGGAGGCCCCAGGAGGAGCCCACACUGCCCUCCCAAUGUGUCACACAGGAGCGUCCUCUGGAGCAGGUGGCUGAAGCUGUAGGAGCAGGUGAGAACCCUGACAGACAGGCAAGGGAGGAAAUGGUGCAGGAACCUGGGAAAGAACCAGUGGAAGUACCGGUGGAAGUACCGGUGGAAGUACCACAGGAAGAACCGGGAGAGGAACCGGGAGAGGAACCAGGAGAGGAACCAGGAGGCGAACCAGGAGAGGAACCAGGAGGUGAACCAGGAGAGGAACCAGGAGGCGAACCAGGAGAGGAACCAGGAGAAGAACCAGGAGAGGAACCAGAGCCCUCCCAUAGGCAUUUGAUACCCCCCACACCAGGGAGCGAUGGCAUCGAGCAACAAACGGAUCAGGCCAGCGCCGACGCCGUAGACGGCAGCAACGGUCACGAGGAGCCGAGUCUGCGGUCUCAGAGCCCCGAGCCAGUAUGGAAAGCAGAGGAGAUGGGAGAGUCCGAAGCAGAAGCACAACCAGAGGCAGAGCCAAAGCCAGAGGCAGCGGAAGAGGGAGCAGGACAAGAAGAGGCCCAAGCUGGUGGAGAUGAAGAGGAACCCCAAGCUGAGCCACAACCUCAGGCCUCACCCCAGGAGGAAGCCCCCGCUGAGACGAACCGCAGGCCGACCGAGAACCAGGUCUCCGAAGUGGAGAUUCCCAACGUGGGAAAGAUCCUGGUUCGCUCCGAUGCGGACGGCUAUAAUGAAGAGGCGAUGCUCACCCCAGCCAUGCAGGGAAUCAUCUUGGCCAUUGCCAAGGCCCGGCAAACCUACGACAAGGAUGGUCCUGAAGCUGGUCUCAUCAAGGCUUUCCACGAGGAGUACUCUCGGCUUUACCAGCUGUCCCAGGAGGAGACCACCCCACAGAGUGACCCCAGACUGCAGCACGUCCUGGUCUACUUCUUCCAGAACCGUGCCCCCAACCGGGUCGUAGAACGGACUCUCCUGGAGCAGUUUGCGGACCGCAAUCUCAGCUACGAUGAAAGGUCCAUUGGAAUCAUGAAAGAAGCUCGAGCGAAGCUGCGCCUCAUCAAACCAGAAGAUAUGGAUAUGGAGGAGUACAUGAAAUGGCACGAGGACUACAACCUGUUCAGGAAGGUGUUUGUAUACCUGUUGACGGGUCUGGAGCAGUACCAGAAUGGGAAAGUCCGUGAGGCGCUCAACUACCUGGUCUACGCGUUCCAGAACAACAGGGAGCUGCUGAUGGAGGGGGACAGAAAGGGGGUGGAACAGCAGUUCAUUGCGCUCUACAGGCGAAAGUGCCUCACUGAACUGAAUGAGAAUGCAGCGAAGCUGUUUGCCAGCGGGGACGAGAGCAACGUGGCCGCGGGUUUGAGCAUCAUGAACAACACCGUCAUUCCCUGCAUGCACUUGAUGAUCCGUGACAGUGUUAGCCAGGAAGACUUGGACGUCAUCGAAGCGAUGAGGAGCCGGUGGUGCUCAUACCUCGAACAGGACAUGGAGGGUGUCCUGCAGGAGAAGCUGAGUGAAUUUCUGCCCAGGCUGCUGGACUGCUCCGUGGGCAGGAUCGAGAUCACAGAGCCUCCCAAAGUCCGGCCCGGUGUGCCACAUGACUUGGGCAGCCGGCUGGCAGCUGUCAUGGAGUCUAUCCACGACACCUCCAUUGUGACUGUCAAGUAAGAACACCACGCGGAGCAUCCCAUAGAGGCGUCAAGGAGCUGCUCCGCACAGCUUAUUCAGGAAGGGAGGUUGAGGGAACCCUCAAGUGACCACCACAAAAGCAUUGUUUUGAGCACUAUUUUGUAUUUUCUCUAUUUCUGUCAUCGCCAAUACACUGUGCUAAGAGCUCCACAUGAAGGAUUGAAAAACUUUUUAAAUGCGACUUCUGUAAAGAGUUUAAUCUUUAAAGCACUUAGGAAAAAUCCUUUGCUUUCAUAAGAAAUCUGGCACUAAUUUAAAACAUUAAUAAUCAGGAUUUCUUCCUCUUGUCACGAGACAUCUUUUGCUUUUUUAUAAAUUUCUUUAUUUUGGCUUGUAGAAUUCUUACACUAUGCAAUUGCUGAAAUAAACCCUACUUCUAACCACUGGA